CAAAAGUGUAUAGAAAAUAAAAAUUCCAAAAAUUUAAUUCAUUUGCAUUCAAUGUCAGCCGUUUGAUUGUCAAAAUUUUUAGGUACUCGCAAUCUUUUUGCUUUUUAUCAAUUCCCAGGCAAAGAUGACUACGUUAAAAAAAAAUUUUAGGUCUAAGAAGGUUCCCAAUCAAUGCACACGUCACUUUGAUAUCACAAAGCUAAUACCUAAGCCCCGGAAAAACUUCCGGACUACCGAAACCAGCAAAGGAGCCGCAUCAGUGAAAUCGCCCAUAGCCAAAUCCUACAUAGACCCAAGAGUCCGUGGAUAUGUCAGAGUCCCAGCCGACUGGCGGCCGAUCGAUGGCGGCUAUAUGCCAGACGAUCGAGGCAGUCCCUAUUUGCUGCUCUCCGAGGACGAGGACGACUUUUCGCAGGUGAAUGAAAAUGCAAAGAAGCUACGAGCACCUACCUGUCACAAUGUGUUGCAUGAACCGCGGCUGAAACUUGAGCCGCCCGAUGUGAAGCGCCUGGUGCGCGGCAUACGGCUCAGCAUUUGUGUGGAGCACACCCACUUUCCACUGAUUGCCAAGGUGUCGAAGGGUCUGGGCCUCACCCACGUGCCAGAGCAUCGCCUGUGGAAUGUUCAAUGGUGCGAUAAUACGCCCCAUUUCGAUCUACUGAAGAGCAUGAAGCGAUUCCAGCAAAUCAACCAUUUCCCCGGCAUGAUGGAAAUCUGCCGCAAGGAUCUACUCUCACGCAAUCUGAAUCGCAUGCUCAAAAUGUAUCCAGGCGACUAUCGCAUAUUUCCCAAGACCUGGCUGCUGCCCACAGACACCUACGAUGUGGCUGUCUAUGCUAGCAAGCACAAGCGCACGUUCAUACUCAAACCCUAUUCAUCGGGGCAGGGGCGUGGUAUUUGGCUAACCAACAAUCUGCGCACGGUGGGCAGACAGGAGAAACUGAUCUGCCAGACGUACAUUGAAAAGCCCCUCCUUAUCGAUGGCUUCAAAUUUGAUUUGCGUGUUUAUACGCUGGUCACUUCAGUGGAUCCGCUGCGCAUCUUUGUCUACAACGAGGGCCUGGCCCGCUUUGCGACCCACAAAUACAAGCCGCCGGCCCUGGGCAACAGCAACAAUAUGUUCAUGCACCUGACCAACUAUUGUGUGAAUCGCCGCAGCUGCAACUAUGAUGCGGGCACUGGCAAUGACAAGGGCUCCAAACGGAAAUUGAGUGCAUAUAACAAGUGGCUCGCCGAUCACAAUUACGAUGUGGACGAGUUCUGGGCGACGGUGGACGACGCGAUCAUCAAGACCGUGAUCAGCGCUUGGCCGGUGCUCAAGCACAAUUAUCAUGUCUGCUUCCCGAAGCACGACAAGAUACAGGCCUGCUUUCAGCUGUUGGGCUUCGACAUACUCGUCGAUUGGAAGCUCAAGCCGUACAUACUGGAGGUGAAUCACACGCCCAGUUUGGCGGGCGGGGAGCCAGUUGACUUCGAAGUCAAGCGUCCGCUGAUACGCGAUACUCUGAACCUGAUCAGCAUGCCCCUGGUCGACAAGGAGGAGAUCAUACGCGAGGAUCGUGCGCUGCUUCGCGAUCGUCUGAUGAGGCAGAUGCAUCGACGCCGUGUGGUCACUCCGCCCAAGGACGGUUCAGGACAGCGGCCGGCCGGUGGCGCCGACGACAAUCCGGCGUGCUCGCUGGGCGCUCUGGCGCAGCAAAUCGCCUGGGAGGAAAGCCAUUUGGGCAACUACAGGCGCAUCAUGCCGCCCACCGACAGUAAUCGGAUCAGUUACUACUUCAAGUUCUACAAUCAAUACAAGGAUAUACCCAUGUUCAAGGACAACAUAGCCAGCAACAGUCGCCACCGUGAGCACUUGAGGCAGGAGCAGCUCCAAAACCAAUUGCAAGACGAACACUCUCAGCUGAAUGAGCAACUGCAGACACCUCUGCUGAGCAAGCAAAUGCUCAAGCAGAAACGCAUGCAAACCCUGGCCAUAAUCAAGGACAUACACGUGCAGAAGGCCAAGAUGUUGAAGCAGCCGGAAGGCAAGGAGAGGGUGGGCUUGUGGCAGAUGCGCAAUACGCCGGUGCGGACGGAGGUCACGAGGCGCCAGGAUCCAGAGAACUCUAGGAAAUCCUCGGGACAGCCAUCGAGGCACUCCUCGACGCCGUCCUCAAAGAGAUCCCCGAGGCCGUCCUCGAGGCAUUCUUCAAGGCAGUUCAGAAAGCCAACGGAUUCAGACGAAUCAACCGAUGCAGGCGAGCACAAAGCUUUGCCCGAGAUCUCGCCCAGCCGCAUCAAACGCAUCCACGUGCCCAACGCCAAGGCAAGCCGACGCGCCAAGCAUCGCAAGCUGCAGCAACGCAUCAAACGAUCGCGUCGCCUGGAGCGUGAGUCCCGCCUGGACGCCGAAUUCCUGGCCAAGCAUAGCAUUGUGGCCAAUUCGCGCCUGAUAGCGGGCAGCUCCAGGCCUCAAAUUUCCGCCACAACGCAAAUGUGCAGUAGGGCUGUGCAAAUGCCAUGCCAGCUGACCGAGCUUGAGUCCAGGCUGAAUGCCUUUAACCAAGUCGAGCUAAAGUCCUACCAGGAGCUCACGUUCAGCAAGUACAGCGAUCAAAACAUUGACUGGCUGCCCGAGCCCAUCGACGAGGCGGACAAUCAGCAGCACUUCGAGUGGCGGACAGAACGUGAAAUGGCUGUCAAAAACAGCAUGUUUAAGGAGGUGCUGUUCCAUGAAAUGUACGAGCGCGGUGAUCUAACCAAAAAUGAUAUUAGACUAUUUCCAAAUCUUCUGUAUUCAAUACUGCGCCAUCAAAUGAACAAUAAAAAUAUUUAUAGUUCCUAUAACAAAUAUAAUAAUAACACAGAUAAGGAAAAGUCUAAGGAAAGUAUGUUGGUGGCAAUGAACUGA